AUGAACACUACUUUAUUGAAUCAAUGUUCAGGCAACAUAUUUACCUCGCCACAACAAUUGCUUCAAUUUAUUCAACGUUUAGAGCAAGAUCAACAAUUUAUUCAACACGUAUCAUCGUCGUGUGAAACCGAUUGUAAUCUUACAUAUCAACUAUCUCACUUGGCACAAUCUACUUCACUUAACACUGUUUCUACACCACAACUAGGUGCUCGCCAUUUCUCUCGAUUAACACGCUGUUAUUAUUGUAAUAAUCACGGUCACUUUAGUCGAUGUUGUCUAGAACGACCUAAAAGAACUACGCGUAAAUCUAACCCAUCUCUAAUUUAUGCUCACGUCUUCAUAAAUAAUCGGAAAACACGCGUACAACUGGACUCCGGAGCUGAGUACUCGUUCAUCACAUUAGCAGCACUUUCAAAGAUUCGACAUAGCCAAAUACUUCCAUCAAAAGCCGUAGCACAUUUGGCUGACACAUCAACACUAUUACCCCUAUUAGGCGAAGUUCGUCUCCAUAUUCGACUGAACGACACCGUCACACCAAUUACAGCGUUAGUUGUCAAGCAUUUGAAUUCAGAUUUUAUACUUGGCUCAGACUGGUUUUUUUGCACUGGGGCACGAAUAGAGUAUGAUCGUCACCAAGUACCCGUUCGUUCAUAUAAUGGCCGAUCGUCGGCACCUUUUGACAAACAUAUUGAUAGUCUUGCCUUAGCUGUCAAAUUAAUUAACUCAAUUACCGUUCCACCACGAGAAGUGUCUAUCAUACAAGCAAAAGUCGAUAUAUCCUCAGCAAAAGCUGCAUACUUCUAUCCGGAUGCAGACUUUUACAAUGUAAAUCUAUUUCGAUUGUUCCAGCAAUGUUAA